AUGGAGAUCCCGUGGGGUGAGGUGGAUUUCGAGUUGGAGCCUUUAUUGAGUGCAAUCGAUGUCCGACGUUUACGCGUGUUCACCGAGAAAUUGCCGGAAACUCGAGAAAUUUCCCUGAAAAUCCCAUCAAGUUGUCGAUUCUUUCAACUCCACGAUUUCGCCUUUCAACGCUUUUUGAUAAUCGAUUUGAGUGAAGCGGAGAAUUUGCUGAAGAUUCAUCUCUUCAAUUGGAAAAUUUCGGAUCUAGGAAAAGAAUCGGAAAAAGCUGAGAAAAUUGUGCAAUUAGUGCAAAAAUUCUAUGGUCCGUUGAAGAGAAAUCGAGUGAGAGAGAUUUCUGAGGCGGAAAACAAAGCUUUUGAGGGGAAAUUGAACGAGUUCGAUGUGGAUUUGAGGCAAAAGGGAGAAUGGAAAGAGAUCACCUUCAAUUCGAUCAAUCUUCUGAUCAAAUUCAAAGUGGAUUUGAAUUGUAGCUAUUCAUCC